AUGGCUGACCCUUCCAGCCGCCCUACUCCCCCCGGGGUAGGAGGGGUGAAGUCCCCUGCGGGUUCAGAGGAGAAGAAAUCUCAUUUAUACUACGGGAAAAUAACACAAACUUGUGAUGCUGCAGCAGCAGCAGUUUUGGAAGACGGCCCUAUCGGCAGCAACACCUCCCCAGCAGCAGCAGGAGCAGCAGGAACAGCAGCAACAACAGCAGCUUCAGAAGCAGCAGAAGCAGCUGUAGCUGCAGCAGAAGAAAACAACCAACAUGCAGAGAGACUGAAAGCCUUUCAAAUGCAGCAAACCGCAACAUCCUUCAAAACUGUCGCUCCUACGAUUGAUGCUGAAGUUCGAGAUGCCCUCAGACGCAUGGGAGAGCCGAUGACUUUGUUUGGCGAAGGCCCCUUUGAGCGUCGGUCGCGUCUAAAGGCGCUGCUAGCAGAAGGCCGUACUAUUCCUGAUGCUGCUGCUGCUGCUGCUGCUGCUGUCAGUACACCGCAGGUGCUGCAGCCUGCUGCACGGGUGAUAGCAGUGCGGAAGCCGCAACCUAAGGCAGAGGAGGCGGAGCAGCAGCAGCAGCAGCAGCAAGACGAAGCAGCAGCAGAAGAAGAAGAAAUUGAAGGGAUAUUCUACACAGAAGGUAGCAGCAGUUUGCUGCACAUGCGACGUCUUCUUGCUGCUGAUAGUAUUAAAGCAGCACAGCAGCGCCUACCUCAGGAGCAGCUGUACAGACAGCAUGUGAAGAAGCUGCAGCACGAGCGCUGUCUAUCUGCUCUUCCUCACAACAGCCCUAUCAUUGAUAUGCAUUUUUUUAACAAAUAUUUGCAGCAUAAACUUAGUCUUUCUGCUUCUGUCAUUGGAGAUGAGAGACCUCUCACCUGCUGCAAGUUCGCUCCUUCAUGUCCUAUUGCUGCGGAAGCAGCAGCAGCAGCAGCAGCAGCUGCUGCUGCUGCUGCUGCAGAAAGAGGUGCCGACACAGCUGCAGCAGCGGAGGAGGAAAGCAGCAGCAACCACGACCACAGCAACACCAGCAGCAGCAGCAGCAGCAGCAGCAGCAGCAGCAGUUAUUUAGGGUCGUUAAUAGCUACUGCUUCUGGAUCUGCGGAUUCGUCGAUUUGUUUGUUUGACGUCGGGCGUUUAGCGCGGGGAGGUGCUGCUUCUUCUUCUUCUCUUGCAAAUGCUUCUUUUAAAUUGUUAGUAGCCAGACUAAAGGGGCAUGAAGACAGAGUUAACCGCGUUGUCUUUCAUCCCUCUGGGCGUGUCUUGGCGUCUACUUCACACGACGAGACGUGGCGACUUUGGGAUGUCGAAUAUCAAAAAGAAAUACUGCUGCAGGAGGGUCAUUCGUGCGGUGUAUACGGCAUCUGUUUUCAUCCAGACGGCUCUUUAGCAGCAACAGCAGAUAUAUCAGGAUUAGUAAAAAUAACAGAUGUACGAGUAGGCAGAGGAGUAAUAGAUAUAGCAGGGCAUGUUAAGCAAGUAGUUGGGGUGUCUAUACACCCUAUUUGUGCAAACUGGCUAGCAACAGGGUCUCAAGAUAAUUGUGUAAAGCUGUGGGAUCUAAGAAAGACAUCAUCAGCAUCUUCUGCUGCUGCUGCAGCAGCAAAAGAGAAAGGAACGACAGCAGCAGUAUGCAAUUCAACGCCUCUUUUAACUAUUCCUGCUCAUACAAAGAUGCUGACGGAGUGCAUGUUUGAAGCUGUUAAAGGGAGGUGCCUAUACACCGCAGGAUUCGAUGGAUUAGUUAAAGUCUGGUCUUGCACAGACUUCUCUCUUCAAAAGAGUUUACCGGCACAUGACGGUAAAGUAAUGGGUAUUGAUGUCUUUAUCCCUGAUGAUUCAAACAGAAUUUGCAAACAAGAGGCCGAUGAAUCGCAUGCAGCAGCAAACAGCAACAGCAGCAACAGCAGCAACAGCAGCAACUGCAGCAGCAAAGGAGAGAGGGGUGUAGAGGAAGCAGAGAGUAUUGAUAAUAAUAUAGGCGGAGGCGAGGUUAUUGCAAGUGCAGGGUUUGAUCGCACCUGGAAGCUGUGGCAUUGCAGCGGGGUGUAUAGACAGCGAGAGACGCGGGAACUACUACUUCAAAAAUACUCCGAGGGUGCUGUUAAGGCUGCAGAAGAUAAUUAA